AUGGCCGUCACAGACGAUAUGGGCGACAGCACUGAGAAGGCCACUGUGGUCGUGGAGGCGUCCAACCACGACGACGAAGACCUUAACCCUAACCUCGCAGCAAAACGCCGUAUCCGAUACAUGGACGAUGACGAGGAGAACGGUGGUCCAUCUGCUGCCACCGACAUUGGUCAUCCAUUGAAGAGGCGAGGCUCGACCUACUCUGUGCAUUCGCUUUCCAGCGUUCGCAGUGGACAACGUACCAUCGACCCGUCCAUCAUCCUGCCAGUUCAAUAUCGUACACUCAGCUAUGAUAUCACCAAUGUCAAGGCAAUAGAGAGUGCAAAGAAUGCCCGUGAGAAGGCUGCGAUUGAUGUGGGAGGGCUUGAGUGGCAUCUACUCACCCUCCAAGAGAUUUGCAAUCGAUUAAAUACCUCCACCGAUACUGGUCUGUUGCCCGCGGCCGUCAAAGAAAAGCUUUCACAAUAUGGUCGCAAUGUGCCUUCCCCUCCGCCCUCGAGGUUGGCCCAGAAGCUGUUCGGCUACUUCUUUGGAGGGUUCGGCUCUAUUUUGCUAGGCGGCAGCAUCCUCGUCUUUGUCUCUUGGAAACCCCUGGGUCAACCGCCAGCUGUGGCCAAUCUUGCUCUGGGUAUCGUUCUCGCCGCAGUCUUCUUCAUCCAGGCAGCGUUCAAUGCCUGGCAAGACUUUUCGUCGUCCAGGGUCAUGAACAGUAUCACAGGCAUGCUGCCUGAGGCCUGCCAUGUUCUACGCGAUGGAAGCAAGCAGACAAUCCAAGCGCCUGACGUUGUCCCAGGUGACGUCCUCUACUUCAAAGCGGGUGAUAAACUGCCAGCCGACAUUCGGUACAUAGAUGUCUCCACCGACGCCAAGUUCGAUAGGAGCAUCUUGACAGGAGAAUCGUUCCCGUUGGCCGCCGUCACCGAGUCCCACGAGCCCAAUUAUCUCGAGACAAGAUGUAUCGGCAUGCAAGGCACUCACUGUACUUCCGGCAGUGGGGUUGGCAUUGUGGUGUCUACCGGCGACGAUACCGUCUUUGGCCACAUUGCCAAAUUAACCAGCCAGCCCUCAACUGGCAGGACAAAUCUGCAGAAAGAGGUGCUGCGCUUCGUCUUCAUCAUUGUCGGCUUGAUGGUCUUCAUGAACAUCAUCGUCAUUGCGGUUUGGGCAGGGUAUAUCCGACACGCACACCACAGCUACAUCAAUGUCCCGACCCUCAUUGUUGACAUUGUCAGUGUGGCCAUUGCGUUUGUCCCCGAGGGCUUGCCUAUUGCUCUCACAGCGUCGCUCACAAUCACGGCGAACAUCAUGAAGAAGAACAAUAUUCUCUGCAAGUCACUCAAGACGGUCGAGACGCUUGGGUCUGUCUCCGUCCUCUUGUCUGACAAGACCGGAACGUUGACCAAGAAUCAAAUGGUGGUGACCGACUGUCUUGUCGGGUUCAGUACCAUGACCGCCGAGGAAGCAUCUCAAGACAUGGCGGGAGGAGACACCAGCGACAAAUCAAAGAAGGCCGCACUCCAACAAUUGCGCGUGUUGUCGGCGGUCUGUAACGCUGGGGAGUUUGACCCUACCACGAUUCACUUGCCUCUUGCCCAAAGAAAGAUAAUCGCAGAUGCAACCGAUCAAGCUAUCUUGCGACUCUCGGAGUCUCUUGGUCCUGUCACGCAGUCCCGCGACAUGUGGCGCAAGAGAUUCGACCUGGCGUUCAACUCGAAGAACAAAUUCGCAUUGAGAGUGGUUUCUCCCGAGAACGCAUCGGCAAUUUCGGCGACUAUGAGUGCCACCGAGGCUGGUUCUUUCAAUGCUGAACGCGACCUGCUGUUGAUGAUCAAAGGUGCCCCGGACAUCCUCCUUCCCCGGUGCACGAGAUAUGUCGGAGAAGAUGGCGGCAUCUACAAUCUGGACGACGGCAUUCGAUCAACCAUGGAAGCAACUAAAGAUGCAUGGUCUAGCCAGGGAAAACGGGUGCUUCUCCUUGCCCGCAAACAUCUUCCGGCGGGCAUGCUGCAAUCGUCGCCCAAUGACAAUACAUUCGAGGCUGAAGCCCUACGACACGCCGGGGCCGGACUCACUCUGAUAUCGAUGGUGGGGAUUGUCGAUCCACCGAGAGACGAAGUGCCGAGUGUGAUACAGACCCUUCGCCGUGCAGGGAUCCGCACAAUGAUGGUCACCGGCGACUUCAAGCUGACCGCCCAAGCCAUCGCUCGGUCAUGUGGUAUCAUCACCGUCGCCGACAAUGAAAUCCACUCGGUUGAAAACCUCCCUCGGUUUCCCCCCACGGACGUUGUCGAGAAGAAACGUCAGAAAAAGUCGAAUCGGCUGCCCUCGGAGAACAAGGCAAUCGUAUUGACGGGCCCCGACCUUUUGACGCUUCUACCACACCAAUGGACCACCCUGACGACUCAGUACAGCGAGAUUGUCUUUUCACGCACCACGCCAGAUCAGAAAUUGCGCAUAGUCAGGGAAUUCCAAUCCCAGGCUUUUGUCGUGGCCAUGACUGGGGAUGGUGUCAACGACGCGCCCAGUCUCAAACAGGCAGAUAUCGGCAUUUCGCCGGCUUCCGGGUCUGACAUUGCGAUCGAAGCCUCCGACAUGGUCCUCUUGGGUUCGUUUUCUGCCAUCCCGGAGGCUGUCUUGUAUGGCCGCGUGGUUUUUGACAACCUCAAGAAGACCAUCGCCUAUCUCCUGCCUGCUGGCUCAUUCUCGGAGUUCUGGCCCGUCAUGACGAGCGUUGUCUUCGGUCUCCCUCAGGUCCUCUCCAGCUUUCUCAUGAUCAUCAUCUGCUGUUUCACCGACUGUGUCGCUGCUACAAUGCUGGCGUAUGAAAAGCCUGAAGCCAAUGUCAUGCUGCGGCCCCCGCGAGAUAUUCACCGAGAUCGUCUCGUGGAUUGGCGGCUGUUGCUUCAAUCGUACGGCUUGGUCGGUAUGUUGGAGUCGACCUGCUCGUUCGCAAUGAGCUUCUGGUACCUGCAGCGCCACGGCCUCCCCUUCGGCACGCUCUGGUUCUCCUUUGGCAACAUCCCCAUUCCGGCGGGCCAGACCGAGGACGACGUGUCGUACCAUCUGACCGUGGCGAGCUCUAUCUACUUCGUCACGCUCGUGGUGAUGCAGUGGUUCAACCUCAUGGCCUUGCGAACCCGCCACCUCUCCAUCUUCUCGCACCCGCCCAUUUUCAACCACAAGACACAGAACCUGCUUCUUUUCCCGGCCAUUCUAUUUGCGCUCGUCGUCGCAUUGAUAUUCACCCUUAUACCUGAUAUAGACUACCUUGGGUGCGAUAAAGUCCCUGUGGAACACUGGUUCAUCCCCAUGACGUUUGGUGUUGGACUGUUGACUUUGGACGAAUUGAGAAAGAUGGUCGUGAGAAAGUAUCCUCGUGGCAUUCUGGCGAGGUUGGCAUGGCGAUGCGAGGAUGGCGACCACGUCCUUCUACAUUGCAGGGUACAGGGCGACGCCGUUGUGGACGCCGAUACCCAGAACCUGAUCCGUUACUUCACCUAUAGCAACUGCCCGGGUUGUUCUUGGGAGAAGAACGGGAAGCCUCAGGACGACGACAGUCCUUUUCAUUAUGAGCCGUUUCCAAACGACUCGUACAUCAGAGUUAUUGAUCUCUUCCCAGGACCGGAUGACAAGCCUCUGCGAUACGCUCUGCACUACACUCGACUAGAUUCGCUCUCGAGGGCUCAGUAUAUAGCCAUCAGCUACGUUUGCGGCGAUGUGAGCAACAAAGUACCUUCCUACUGCAAUGGCAAGAGACUCGACAUCUACGUGACCCUCGACAAAGCCCUGCGCAAAUGGAGGCGCAUUGAAAAGCAGAAUUGGCUUCGGAUAUGGGCAGAUGCCAUUUGCAUCCAACAAGACAAUAAUCAGGAAAAGUCUGCCCAGGUCGCUAAUAUGCACGAAAUCUACCGCCAUGCGAACCAGGUGUUUGUUGAUCUCGGCGAUCCACCCGAAGGGGCUGAUGUCGCCAUGCAAAUGAUAAGAGAUGCAUCUAAGAGCUUUGAUGACCGCAACAAAUCUCUGGCGCAGCCGCACAGUGUUGCACCAGGUCCAAUUCAUUCGCAGCAGCUUCGGAAGACUGACAUCACCAUGGACCAGGCUCUGGCAUUAACCCGGUUCUCUGAAAUGGCUUGGUUCAAGCGUCUUUGGGUGAUUCAAGAAGUCUGCCUCUGGGAUGUGUACCAGGCUUUUCCGCCGACAGUGCUCUGUGGUGACCACUCCAUCAAGUGGAUUGACCUCGUCAGUUCAUCGACGCAGUUCGGCUUGGCUCCUCUGCAAAUCAUCGACGACCCCGCGGUUGUGACACCGGAACUCAGAGGCGCCUUUAUCGAGAGCACAGGCUGGAAUCCCGUACCGGUGGCCAUCUUCCUGGAGUACUAUAAGAUCAUAUCAAAGCAAGGUCCUGCCCAAAACCUUCACUGGUUUCUCCAUAGAUCGUGGUCGCAAGAAUCCACCAACCCGGCUGAUAAAGUCUAUGGACUACUCGGCCUCGUCAAAGACCAAUAUCACGUUGUUCAUUCGAGGGCAGCUGCCACAAACGUGCAGCCGGUUAGGCAUUUGAAAGACGUUGAUGGUAAAAGAGAAAUUCGAGUUGAUUACGACCUGCAGUUGCCACAGAUCUACGAGGACAUUGCACGACUUACCUUGGCAGAGGAAAACUCCCUGGACAUGCUCGCUGAUGCCGGUUGUGGCAAGUCACGGAAACAACCUGGUCUGCCUUCGUGGGUACCGGACUGGAGCAGCUACCCUAAAGAGCCAGCAUUGCUGUUGUCAUUCGGACUAGCAGCAACGGCCAACUACCGAGCUUCUUCGGGAACAAGACCAGUCCUGCCUACUGCCUGCACUCCCGGAAUGCUCGAGGUUGAUGCAUAUUUCGCCGACAGAGUGCUUAUGGAAGCUGCCCGAGCUGGCGGAGAGACCGACGUGGUCGAAGUAGCCGGGAAGGCCGACCUACAGUCACAUCGCAUCAUCAGCAUGAAACAGCACCUCUUGAGUCUCUGGUGGUGUUUUGGGGUCAAAUUCAACACCUACCCCACGGGACAACGCCCGUUCGAUGCCUUCUGGAGGACGCUGAUAGCAAACAGAGCUAUCUCAGGCCAACAACUUGCUGUCCCGCCAGCAGGAUUUGCCGAAAGCUUCCUCAUGGCGUAUCCUGAGAUUCUCGAGGUUGAGAUCAAGGACGAGAAGCCGGCGUGCAUCUGUCCUGAAUGGGCACUUGCGAAAAACCAGAAGCACGUCAGUUCCAGCAACUCAGAUGAUAGCAGUAUCGGUGGCCUCGAAGAAGGGGAAAGGCUUCUCCCUGCUCGAGAUAGAUAUCCUCGUCCGGGUGAAUUCUUCGGGAAUGAGCAGCCAGCUUAUGGAGAGCACUACAAUGUCGCCCUUCGACGGUCAGCCGUCGGUAGGCGAUUUUUUAGGACGCAGAAGGGCUAUAUGGGCAUAGGGCCAAAGAAUGUCACCAGAGGCGACCAUAUCGUCAUAUUGAAAGGAGGCUCGUUACCAUUUGUACUGAGGGAAUCGGAUGCUGGUGAUGUUGGUGGCACGCCAGCCUUCACCCUCCUUGGGGAAGCGUACGUGCACGGUCUUUCCGACGGAGAGAUAUUCCAAGACAGCAAGGAUCCCGAAAAUCACCCUAACUGGAAAAGGAUCAUACUGAGAUAA